AUUUCUGCAGCGACCCCUCUACGCGACCGUUGUUGGACACCAAAGACCCUGAUACAUGCAGUACUGUCCUAUCAAAUUGAACAUUAUUUGAAUUGGUGUUAGACAUCCCCUAGCCUACACCCGGUCUAAAACGAGUCUUCCGACGGCAGAUUUUUCAAACCACCCGUCGCAAAUUCCCAUCGCGUGGUGCGGGGAACCACUCCGAUCCAGUCAAUUCAAUUGAACAAUAGUGGCCGAAGAAUUCAGUCAUCAUGCCUCUUGACACCUCGACAACAUACCCGCUCACCAAGCUGCGCCUCGAUGGCCGUCGCUGGAACGAACUGCGCCUCCUCUCGGCACAGAUCUCCACGAACCCAGCCAGCUCGGGCUCCUCAUACCUGGCCAUGGGGAACACCACCAUCCUGUGUUCCGUCCACGGUCCCGCCGAAGGACGUCGCGGGGAUGCGACAGGCGGCGCCGCCGGGUCCUCGGAAGCGGUGGUCGAAGUCGAUGUCAAUGUGGCCGGUUUCGCGGGCGUGGAUCGCAAGAGAAGAGCCGGCGGAAGCGAUAGACAAUCGUCACGCAUAGCCGCAACCCUCCGAGCCGCCUUCCAGUCGCAUUUGCACACCUAUCUCUACCCGCACAGCACGAUCAGCAUCCACGUCUCGGUUCUUUCAUCGGACGGGUCUCUCCUAGCAGCCGCAAUCAACGCCUGUACCCUGGCGCUGGUCGACGCCGGUGUCCCCAUGCCGGGCCUUCUCUGCGGCUGCACGGCCGGCAUGAGCGGCAGCGCCUCGACACCACGGGAUCCGCACAACGACGCGCUCGACCCGCUGCUCGACCUGUCGCUGCCGGAAGAGCAAGAGCUUCCGUUCCUCACCGUCGGAACGACCAACUCCAUCCCCGUCGGGGAACACGCCAUGGACGACGACGAGCCGGACAUGAAAGUCUCGAUGUUGACCCUGGACUCGAAAGUCCAUUGCACGUAUAUCGAAACCAUGCUGGCUGUCGGGAUCGACGGCUGCAAGCAGAUCCGAGAGAUUCUGGAGAACGUCAUCCGGGGGACUGGGAAGAGUAGAUGAUCGUGCCUAGCGGAGGGGGGGCAUGGAUCUGUUUUGUCUGUAUCCGAGCAUGGCAGGUGUGCGAUUAUACCCGUCGGUUUGCAAUGGGAGGUGUUGGGCGUAUUGUUGAUAUUAGUCAUGUUAUCAAAAUAUCCUUCCUAUAGAUCUUGGGCUGUGUGGGCCAAUAUUGACUUGGAAGUCUACCUAGUGUAUGUGCCAUGCGUCAAUCUCGAGGUCAUUAGUGGAUGUGCAUUGAGCAC